AUGAUACGUCCAUUAUGUUCGAGAAUCACUAUCGCUUAUGUAUUCAUAAUUUUUCAGUUUUUAAUAUUGCCCAGUAAUGCAUGGUCGCCCACAGAUAAUUAUGUCCCAGGCGCAGUUUCGUGUCCCGACGAUAUAAAUUUGGUGAGGGAGGCUACAUCUAUCUCUCAAAAUGAAAGCGCAUGGCUGGAAAAGAGAAAUAAAGUCACCAGUGUAGCCUUGAAAGAUUUUCUGACGAGGGCUACCGCAAAUUUUUCAGACAGCUCCGAAAUUCUAUCCAAACUAUUCAAUGUUAGUGAUCAAAGCCUGCCCAAAAUUGCUGUUGCUAUUUCAGGUGGCGGCUACCGAUCCAUGUUAACGGGUGCAGGUAUCUUAGCGGCAAUGGACGACAGAACUGAAGGCGCUAAGGAGCAUGGGUUAGGUGGUCUUUUGCAAAGCACAACGUACCUAUCUGGGGCCUCCGGUGGUAACUGGCUGGUGGGAACUUUAGUUUUGAACAAUUGGACCUCUGUGCAAGAAAUUCUUGAUAACAUGCAUAAUGACGGUUCCAUUUGGGAUUUGUCUGAUUCGAUUGUUACUCCAGGUGGCAUAAACAUAUUCAAGACUGCUAAGAGGUGGGAUCAUAUCUCUAAUUCUGUAGAAUCCAAGCAAAGCGUUGGUUACAAUACUUCCUUGGCCGAUAUUUGGGGUAGAGCCUUAGCCUAUAAUUUCUUCCCCUCUUUAAACAGGGGAGGCGUAGGCCUGACUUGGUCGUCCAUAAGGGAUUUCCCAGCGUUUCAAAACGCUGAAAUGCCUUUCCCAAUUUCUGUUGCCGACGGUAGGUAUCCCGGUACAAAGGUUAUCAAUUUGAACGCAACGGUUUUUGAAUUUAAUCCUUUUGAAAUGGGAUCCUGGGACCCUUCAUUGAACUCAUUCACCAACAUCAAGUAUCUGGGAACUAAUGUUUCGAAUGGUAUCCCAUUGGCAAGAGGCAAAUGCACGGCUGGUUUCGAUAAUGCUGGCUUCAUUAUGGGUACCUCUUCUACCCUCUUCAAUCAGUUUCUUUUGAGAAUAAAUUCUACUCAUUUACCUAAUUUUAUUACAAGAUUAGCAAGGCAUUUCCUCAAGGAUUUGUCUCAAGACUUCAACGAUAUUGCUGUUUAUAGACCAAAUCCAUUUAAGGAUACAAAGUUUCUAGACAGUGAUUAUACUACAAGCAUUGUCGAUUCGGACAGCUUAUUCUUAGUUGACGGUGGCGAAGACGAUGAAAAUGUACCUGUUUUACCCCUCAUCCAGAAGGAACGAGAUGUGGAUGUUAUUUUUGCUGUGGAUAAUUCAGCGGACAUGAGAUUGGCUUGGCCCGAUGGUUCCUCUUUAGUCCAUACUUAUGAACGUCAAUUUGUUAAACAAGGCCAAGGUAUGUCUUUCCCAUAUGUCCCAGAUACAAAUACAUUCGUUAACUUGGGUCUGAACAAGAAACCAACCUUCUUUGGUUGCGACGCUAACAACUUGACUGAUCUACAAUACAUCCCAUCUUUGGUUGUUUAUCUGCCUAACGCAGGUUAUUCUUUCGAUAGUAACCAGAGUGCCUUCAAGUUGUCUUACUCCGAAUCCCAAAGAAGAAGCAUGAUUCAAAACGGAUUCGAAAUUGCCACUAGAAAUAACUUUACCGAUGAUCCUGAAUUCAUGGGUUGCGUCGCUUGUGCCAUUAUGAGACGUAAACAACAAGCGCUGAAUAUCACUCUGCCUCCAGAAUGUGAAAACUGUUUCGCAAACUACUGCUGGAAUGGUACUCUGGACACUACCCCAUUACCAGAUAUUGAAAAAGAUGUCCAUCAUUCCUUCAUUAAUGUUGGCAGUUUCAAUAGCUCUGUGAAACCGCAACAAGAUCGUCUCGUUGAACCUGCAGGUCAUCAAUUAUCAUCUUCAUCUUCGUCUUCACAAAGUCCAACAGCCACUGCAAUCUUUGAGAAAAAGGCAGCCGCCAAUUCUGGAUCACAUUUAUCUGGCAUAAGUGCAAAGUUUGCUACAAUAAUCAUACUCGCUAUGUUCACACUUACCGGAGCGGUGUGA